CCCAGACUCCUGAAACGAGGGGCCCCAGUGCCGGAUUGGGAGAUGGUGGAAGGACCAGGUUGUACUCUGAAUGGAGAGAAAAUUCGGGCGCGAGUGCGCCCCGGGCAGGUGGUGAUGGACGUUCGGGGCCGCGCUUUGCAGAGCCUGUGGAGCCCCGGCUUGCCUCACGCCGUCUCGGGGGCUGCGGUGUCUUCGCAGGCGGCUACAACAGACGGGAGAGCGGACCCCGGCCGGCCCGCCCUGAGGCUGCUGAGCGGGUCCGUGUACUGCGGCGCGGAGACUCUGGGGAAGGAGCUCUUCCUGUACUUCGGCCCGCGGGCUCUGCGGAUUCAUUUUGGAAUGAAGGGCUCCAUCACCAUUAAUUCGCUUGAGUAUAAAAAUAAAAGUGGAGUUUCUCCUGUGUUGGAAGUCCAGCUCACCCGGGAUUUGAUUUGUUUCUUUGACUCGUCGGUGGAACUCAGAAACGCAGCCGAAAGCCGACAAAGAGUACGCAUGAUGGAAGAACUGGAUGUAUGCUCGCCCAAAUUUAGCUUCCCCCGAGCCGAAAGGGAGCUUAAGCAGCAGACCGGACGCAUGCUCUGCGACGUGUUACUGGACCAGCGCGUCCUGCCGGGGGUGGGCAACAUCAUCAAAAACGAAGCUCUCUUGGACAGCGGUCUCCACCCAGCUGUGCAAGUUUGUCAGUUAACAGAUGAACAGAUCCAUCACCUGGUGAAAAUGAUACGUGACUUCAGCAUUCUUUUUUACAGGUGCCAUAAAGCAGGAUCUGCUGUUUCCAAACACUAUAAGGUUUACAAGCGUCCUGACUGCGGUCGGUGCCGCUGCAGAAUAACUGUGUGUCGCUUAGGGGACAAUCACAGAAUGACGUACUUCUGUCCGCGCUGUCAGAAAGAAGAUCCACAGCAAGUUGACAUACGCAAGCUGCCGGCUAGAAGCACUGCCCUCAGCCAGACGCCCAGCAGCCGGGACAGUCUUGUGGACCAGGUGGCCGGGAGGUGUGAGGAGUACUGGGCGUGUGUGGCUUGCACGCUCAUCAACACGCCUACUUCCAAGGCCUGCGACGCUUGCCUGACGGCCAGGCCUCCCGAUUCGAUACUCAAGAAGGAGGAAAAUCCGGCCCUUAACCACUUGGUGAAGUACCCGUGCAACAGCUUUGGGAAACCCGGUGCCCAAGUGAAGAUCAACAGGAAAACUGCAUUUGGAACUACAACCCUGGUCCUGACUGAUGUCGGCAGUAAAUCCAGCCCCGUGGAACGAAGAAGCAGCCCACGCCAGGCACCCAGUGGGGAGUUGCGGAACUCGGCUCCCACUGACGUGUGUGUCGGUGGCACACCCGCCCCUUCCGAGGAGAGAGCCCACGGCGCGGCUCACCGCCCCAGCACGGGAGUUGCACCCUCCACUGCCCGCUCGCGGUCUGAAUCACCCAGGCCAGCGUGUAAGAAACCGAGGACGACCGCCCGCCCAGCGCCGAGUCUCGACAGCCGCAGCCCCGGACUUCCCGACAGUGGACUUCAGACCAGCAGGACAGACGACGCCCGCAUUCCUCGCUGCGGUCAGCACCGCCGCCCCUGCGUCCUCCGCGUGGUGAGGAAGGGUGGCGAGAACAAGGGCAGAUGCUUCUAUGCGUGUCCUCUGCCUGGGGGAGCGCAGUGCGGAUUCUUUGAAUGGGCAGACCUGUCCUUCCCCUUCUGCAGACACGGCAAGCGCUGCGUCCUGAGAACGGUGUUGAAGAUUGGGCCGAAUAAUGGGAAGACUUUCUUUGCAUGCCCCCUGGGUAAGGAGAACCAGUGCAGUUUUUUCCAGUGGGCAGAAAAUGGACCGGGGAUGAACACUUCUCCAGGAUGCUAAUCUUUUCUCCUCCUGUGGAGCAUCUAACGUUUAAUCUCUUCAAACUACGUGUUUCGUCCCCUUUUAUUUAGUGGAAAGGUUGUAGAACAUCUAUGGUGCUUUGUCAAGUUAUUGCAGUGUUGGAAAACUGUUGUUUUUUUUUA